UAUUCUGACAGGAGGAGCCAGACUUAGUCAACAGGAAGUUGCUUUUUUAAGCUGUAAAACAGAAGUUAGAAGGAGUAAGGAAGCAAUUAGAGUGAGCAUCAAAGCUUAGCUACAUCAGUUUUCUGUUAAAUGUAUAAAGAAUUGAAUCUACGAUAAAUAACAAAGGAAACAGAAUUUCAACGUUUUGUUGUGUUUUGUGAUUCAGAGACUGUUGGAUUAAGUCUGAAGUCAGGAUCUUGAAGUUUCAGCAUGAUGAGCCGUCCGCAGAGCUUCAUAGAAGGUGAAGCUCCUGACUCUCAGCAUGCAAAAUCAAAGAGAGGGUCAAAGGUCACCACAGAGAGAGUGGCACUGGUGGUUCUCUGUAUCCUCCUGGCAGCUGCUCUCAUCGUUAUUUGUUGUCUCUCGUUUGACAAAAUUAGAGCUAACAAAGAGCUCGAAAACCUGAAACAUCACAAAAUGAAGUGUGAAAGUAAUCUGACAGAGACUCUCUCUAAGAUAAAAUCAUGCAGCACGGUGCAGCCGACCUGUCCAGGACCUAAAGUAAUAAAUGAUCCUUGUUAUAAAUGUGAAGAAGGCUGGGAGCUACAUGGAGGAAAGUGCUAUUACUUCUCCAUCAGUAAAUCAUCCUGGAAACAGAGCAGAGAUCAAUGUAGAGCUAAAGGAGGAGACCUGGUUAAGAUAGACAGCAGAGAGGAGCAGACUUUCCUGGAGAGAAGACUGAGAGACGUAAUGACUGAAGCUGAGGACAAGUUCUGGAUCGGACUGACAGACUCAGCAGUAGAGGGCAGAUGGGUGUGGGGGGAUGGAUCACCACUGAAUGAAAGGCUGCAGUUUUGGAGUAACUACGAGCCAGAUAAUGUGUGAGGAUGGGAGAAAAAGGUGGAGCUGAUGAUCUGAAGUGUUUGGUUUGCUGUACUUUGCUCAAAGCCUGACAGAAGUAUUUGUGAGAAAGCAGCAGUAACUGGACAGUUUCAAAAUGUAUGUGACUGAAAUUCAGUCUAUUAAACACCAGAGUGGAGUGAUGCAGUAACGCCCCCCCCCCCCAAAAAAAAAAAAAACAUAUUAAAAAAUGUAACAUUUUGCAUCUGAUAAUUUCUUUUCUUUUUUGAUCUGAUUAAUAUAAACAUGAAAUGUGGGAGCACUUCUAAAAUUAAUUGAAGUGUUUUCAAAUGCUCUUUUGUUAUUUAGAAAUAUCCCAAAACAUUUUAGACUCCCCUGAAUGAAUGAAUACUUCACUCAACUAGAGAAGAAACUAUGAAUUAAUUAUUAUCAGUUUUGCAGGAGAAAGGACGAAAGGAAGAAAUGUUGUGUUAAAAUAGAGCAAUUAAUAGAUGUUAGUGUGAAUAAAAGGAGUAACUGAGCAUUUCAGUGUUUGAUAUUUUAUCUGGAUACAACUGAUUAGUCUGACACUUGGUAGAAGUGUUAAUUACUAAUAAACAGAGAAACACUUAAAUUGACAGUUUAUGGACUUUGCCUUGUAUUGCUCAAAGAAGUGAACAAACAAGCAAGCAAACAAAAAGUACUCUGACAAACUUAAAUUCGUAGCAGCAUUUCUUGUCAUAAAUCAUGACCUGUGUGGAGUUUAGCAGGAAAUAUUUGCUCUUUAGAGAACCAUCAACCAUCAUUCAAAAAAAGUGCGCAGCUGGCUAAUAUUACAGCUCAGCUGAGGGGGACACCAUCAAUGUUUAUAUCCUGUCACACCAUCAGCGGCAUGACCUUCACCUCACAUGUAGAUAUGUAGGCAAUUCCACUACAGCACUACAGUCUAGAGGAACGGCAUCUGUUGGUUUAAUUUUCUGAUUCUGCUGCUUUAUAUUGAACUGUUAAUGUUACUGUGUCCACUUUCUGCACUUUCCUGAACUCUUACAUCUGUAUCUCCUCUAAAUGUUAAUUAGGUGAAACUCUUGAUGCUCUUUAGUUAAAACUAGAGGGUCAGAGAUGGUAAAUAAGACCAGUGAGCCUUUUUCUGCUUGAUAAGAGGAUCACUGCUGGGUUUCCCACACUGUAAUAGGCAUCACCUGAGGUUAUGUGAAAUCCACAAAACAUUUCACUGUCCUAUUUUAAUGAAACUCUCACUAAUUGAUGUGUACCUUUAAGGCUAACACACACACACACAUACACACACACACACACACACACACACACACACACACACACACACACAGUGUUAAAUUGAUUUUUUCAAAGUGUCUCUUCUGUUGAUUAACAAGUUUUCUAGUUCCUUUAAGUUUAUUUUUAACUAAAGUUUUUGUUGUAAAAAAUAUUUGAGUGUUUCAACAGCACAGGUACAACUGCAACUUCAAAAAAUCAAUAAUGUUUAUCAGAUGAUAUAAUACAGUUAUCGGUGUUUUCUUUUAAGAAAACUCUUCACAGUUGUUUUAAAUAUUAAAUAUUAAGCGCACUAAUAGUAAUAUUAGUGUGCUGACAACUUUUGACAUCUGAAGUGAAAAUGAAACAAAUCAAAGACUUUAUAUAUAUAUAUAUGUAUAUAUAUGUGUGCAAGAAAGAUAAAAAGUCAGCUGUGUACCAGCCUGACUUCUGCACAACACAACUGAUGGUCCCAAACCCAUGAAGAAGCCAUCUGAAAGAAGGCCAAGAGUUUACAGCGCUGUCAACAAAGCAAAGGGUGUCUACAUUCAGAAAUCUAAAAUAUAAGAUAUGUUUAGAGUUAUUUAUCAUAUUUUCUUUGCUAACUAGUUGGCUGUUCUAGCUUGUUGUGUUGUUACCUAUUGUUUGUUGUCCUGUUUUAUAUUGUUUUGUUUUAAUUGUCUCGUGCCUUUACUGACUGUGAAGCAUUAUGGUCAACAUUGUUGUUUUAAUAUGUGCUAUAUAAAUAAAUUUUGAUUUGA